AUGGCCUGUGCCCGGAGGGACGGCGAGGCGGACGGCGAGCCCGACCGCUCUCUGCGGCACAUGCUGCGGGCCAUAGCGGAGGAGCGGAGCCGCGCCGGGCUCCGGCACGACGGCCUCGGCGGCCUCGGGUGUUUCAAAGAUGACCGUAUUGUGUUCUGGACUUGGAUGUUCUCAACCUAUUUCAUGGAGAAGUGGGCCCCCCGGCAGGAUGACAUGCUCUUCUACGUGCGUCGGAAACUGUCCUACGUCACUGGGGAGAGCACAGAGGGCAAAAAGCAGGUUGAAGUUGAAGUUUAUAGGAGAGAUUCUAAGAAGCUUCCUGGCCUGGGAGACCCUGACAUUGACUGGGAAGAGAGUGUCUACUUGAACCUCAUCCUGCAGAAGCUGGAUUAUGUGGUGACCUGUGCUGUGUGCACACGCUCCGAUGGAGGAGAUAUUCAUAUUCACAAAAAGAAAUCUCAGCAAGUGUUUGCCUCUCCGAGCAAGCACCCAAUGGACAGUAAAGGAGAGGAGUCAAAGAUCAGCUACCCCAAUAUAUUCUUCAUGAUUGACAGUUUUGAGGAGGUUUUCAGUGACAUGACUGUGGGAGAAGGAGAAAUGGUCUGCGUGGAGCUGGUGGCCAGUGAUAAAAGCAACACCUUCCAAGGGGUGAUUUUCCAGGGGUCCAUCCGCUAUGAAGCACUCAAGAAGGUCUAUGACAACAGGGUGAGUGUUGCAGCUAAGAUGGCUCAGAGAAUGUCUUUUGGUUUUUAUAAAUACAACAACAUGGAGUUUGUGCGAAUGAAAGGACCACAGGGAAAAGGACACGCAGAGAUGGCAGUGAGCAGAGUUUCCACUGGUGACACUUCACCAUAUGGGACAGAAGAAGAUUCAAAUCCAGACUCCCCAGUGCAUGAGAGAGUUACUUCUUUCAGCACACCACCAACCCCAGAGAGAAACAACCGCCCCUCCUUCUUCUCCCCGUCCCUCAAGAGAAAAGUGCCCCGAAAUCGAAUUGCUGAGAUGAAAAAGUCCCAUUCAGCAAAUGACAGUGAGGAGUUCUUCAGAGAUGAUGAUGGUGCAGAUCUGCACAACGCGACCAAUCUGCGCUCGCGCUCCCUGUCGGGAACAGGACGCUCGCUGGUGGGCUCGUGGCUCAAGCUGAACAGAACUGAUGAAAACUUUCUACUCUAUGCACACUUAACAUACAUCACUUUGCCAUUGCAUCGAAUUUUAACAGAUAUCCUGGAAGUGCGGCAGAAACCAAUCCUGAUGACAUAGCAGAGGGCGGGCACUGCCUUGGAGCCUUGUUGCCAAGUGCCUAUCCCAGCGGUUCCGUGCUAACACUACCACCUAGUGUCAGGAACAGAGACCUCCGCAGGAAAAAGGGAACUCCAGGAAUACCAGCCGAUCAAAAGUGCCUCUUUCUUCCUUCCUCUGCUGUCACACACCGAAUGCCCACAUGACUGGAGUGUUUCUGACUGGAAGAGGACUUUCAGCAAGACAAAAUAAGAAGGGGCUGCGUUUAAACCGAGUCAACACUUUAUGGACAGUUUGCUACUGUGUUUACUUUAUAACUAAGAAGCCAACAAUAUGUACAGAAUGUGCAAAACUUUAUAUUCUUUGGGAGAAACAUUCUAAGAAUUUCAUAAUGAUGUGCUUUUGGACAUCCCUCCAUAGACUCUGGCCAUACCCUCUCCUUGUCUGAUCAGCCAUUUGUGAGUGCGUGUGUGUGUGAA